CAUACCUGGAAGCCAUUUUGAAGAACUAUUGCCACAGUUGUAAAAGACUCCUGCCCUGCAAAGAUGCUGAAACAGAUACUGUCAGAGAUGUACAUAGAUCCUGAUCUGCUGGCAGAGCUCAGCGAAGAACAGAAACAGAUCCUGUUCUUUAAGAUGAGAGAGGAACAGAUCCGUCGAUGGAAAGAGAGAGAAGUGGCGAUGGAAAAAACAGAGCCCCUGCCAGUGAAAUCCAGACCAAAGAAAGAGAAUGGCAAAUCUGUUCAUUGGAAACUGGGAGCUGAUAAGGAAGUCUGGGUCUGGGUGAUGGGUGAACACCAUCUAGAUAAGCCCUACGAUGUGCUCUGUAAUGAAAUUAUUGCUGAGAGGGCCCGGAUGAUGGCAGAGCAAGAUAAAGAAGAGCUCAGAAAAACUCAAUCGAGAGAGUUCAUAAAUAACCUAAAACCAACAUCAUGCUACUAUGAUGUACAGGUACCAGAUAACUUGGAGACUAAGAACAUAUGUAAGAAAGCAAUGGAAGAAGAAAAGUUGGGGCAACUCUCAGCAUACUCCCAGGAAAAAGAAAAAAUUCCAUCACCUACCAGUUCCUCAAGAAAUAUUCAACAAAUGUUGGCAGAUUCUAUCAAUCGUAUGAAGUCAUAUGGAUUUCACCAGAAAAAGGAAUCCCUGAAGAAAACACAAGAGGAAGAGGAAAAACAAGUAGAUGAAGAGAAAACCAAGCAGAUUUAUAAGAACUGGAAGGAAGAUUCAGAGUGGCAAGCAUCCUUGCGAAAAUCUAAAGCAGCUGAUGAGAAGAGAAGAUCUUUGGCUAAACAAGCACGGGAAGACUACAAGCGGCUAUCUCUAGCGGCCCAAAGAGCAAAAUGUGAGGGGUCACAGAGCCUCCCGUGUGUUCCACAAAAACCAAAAAGACCCCCACUUCCACCAAAGCCUCAAUUUCUCAACCCAGCUGGAUAUCCUCAAAAACCUCCUAGAAAUCAGGGAGUGACAAGGACAUCAUCCAGUUCUGCUGAAGAGAUCAUUCGUUGGUUUAAGGAGGAGCAGUUACCACUGCAUGCCUGCUACCAGAAAAACUCAGCAACCAUUGCUCCGUGGUUCCAUGGAAUUAUCACACUAAAAAGAGCAAAUGAACUUCUGAGCACAUGUGUGCCAGGCAGUUUUCUAAUCCGCGUCAGUGAAAGGAUCAAAGGCUAUGCCCUGUCCUACCAGUCGGAGGAAGGCUGCAAACACUUCCUUAUUGAUGCCUCUACAGACUCCUACAGUUUUUUGGGCGUUGACCAACUACAGCACAACACUCUGGCAGACUUGGUGGAGUAUCACAAGGAUGAACCUAUCACAUCCUUAGGGAAAGAGCUUCUUCUAUACCCCUGUGGUCAACAGUCCCAGUUGCCUGACUACCUGGAGCUCUUUGAGUGAUAGUCACAUUGUGGCUACAUUUCUGUCUGGACUUCCUCUCAACAAACAGUGCUGAAAUCGGCAUUUAUAUGUCAAGCCAAAAAUCACCCUUUAGAAGAAAUAAUCAGCUGGAGGCAUCCUUAGAAACUUUAGGAAUCUCCUUUCUGCACAAAUAUUGGAGUUUCGUGCUACGUGAAAAUAACCAUUUCAUACUUUGGACUUCAAAAGUAAAGGGAGAAGAUCCAUUAUUUCAACAACUACCAUAGUGAUAUCUGUAAGAUAAAAGGAAACAAGAAAUUCCCUUGUGAAUUCAGAUGAACUUCAAAAACAAGUAGCUCAUAUGA